GGGUCGACGACAUCAUUUUCCUUUAAUUAUUGCACUGUCCUCUCAUUGCACUACUUUUAUCACACCACCAACCAGAGUUAACCUCUCUCUCUCUCUAUCUCUAAAUCCAUUCUUCGUUGACCCGUAAAUCUCAAUUUAUCAGAACUCCAAAUCACUUCUUACACCCUUCAAGAUCUACUCACUUCAGAUCCGUUGUGUAGACAGACCUAAUCUUUUUGUAAAAUCAAACAUACCCAGUUCAGGUUUUGAGUGAUUUAGCUUCAGAUCUGGGGUUUAUACUAUCAGCUAGACUACUACUUAAAAAUGUCGGUUAUACCUAAAAGUGAUUCGAUUCUUAUCCGAGAGGUUUGGAAUGAUAAUCUGGAUGAGGAAUUUGCUUUGAUUCGUGAAAUUGUUGAUCAAUUUAACUAUGUAGCUAUGGAUACUGAGUUCCCCGGCGUUGUUUCGCGCCCUGUCGGGAAUUUUAAGAAUAUCAAUGAUUUUAACUAUCAAACUUUGAAAGAUAAUGUUAAUAUGUUGAAAUUGAUCCAGUUAGGUCUUACUUUCUCUGAUGAGAACGGGAAUUUGCCUACUUGUGGAACCGAUAAGUUUUGUAUCUGGCAGUUUAAUUUUCGCGAGUUUAAUGUCAGUGAAGAUCUCUUCGCUAGUGAUUCUAUUGAGUUGUUGCGUCAGUGUGGGAUUGAUUUUAAGAUGAACAAUGAAAAGGGGAUUGAUGUUAAUCGAUUUGGCGAGCUACUGAUGUCGUCCGGGAUUGUUUUGAAUGACGGAAUGCAUUGGGUUACUUUUCAUAGUGGGUAUGAUUUUGGUUACUUGCUUAAGCUUUUGACUUGCAGGAGUUUGCCUGAAUCACAAGCUGGAUUCUUCGACUUGAUUUAUAUGUAUUUUCCUAUGGUGUAUGAUAUCAAACAUUUGAUGAAGUUUUGCAAUAGCCUUCAUGGUGGUUUGAACAAGCUUGCCGAGUUAUUGGAGGUUGAGAGAAUUGGUGUUUGCCAUCAAGCAGGCUCCGAUAGUUUGCUCACUUCUUGCACAUUUAGGAAGUUGAGAGAGAACUUUUUCGGUGGUUCUACAAAGAAGUAUGCUGGCGUUUUGUACGGCCUAGGUGUCGAGAAUGGACAAACUACUAAUUGAAAGAAAUCAAUUUGGAAGAAAAAUUGAUGAAUAUUUGUAAACUAGUCGAGUGUGGGACUUUUCAUUUCUCUUGUUUGUAUACUUUGGCAACAAAAGGUUGUUCUAGUAGUGACUUUCAUUUGUUUUUUUUUUGUGACUGAAACCUUGACUGGUUUUGUAGUUUGGAGUCCUUGUACAUUAUUUCAGUUAGUGUUUCAAUAAUAAUUUUAGUUGUUCAGCUGA